CGUCUACAGUUUUUACUUCCUUCUUGGCAGAGCUGUAUCCGGGUCGUUCUUCUCCCUAUUGUCUCUGACAGUCGGCCCUCGACUGGAAAUUCUGGGUCUUUUUUGUUGCUUCUGGUGCAGGCUAAUAAAAGUUUUCUUUUUAUUUCCAGUUUUUACCGGGGCAUUUCCUCUCGCAGGGCGGCCGGUUCCGGCCUGGCGCCCCUGGCCAGGGAGCGCAGGGGAAGUGGCGCCGGGCGGGCGUGGGGCGGGGGGAGGGACGGUAGCCCGCCCCCGGGGUCGCCCCAGCUCGGUCGGCGCACCGCCCUGCCUAAAUAGCUGCUCUCCGAUUUGUCUCCUUGGCCCUCUGCGCGUCCCUGCUACCUUGCCUCCCGCAUCCUUCCCUAGGUCUCCAAACGACCACCUCACGGAUUCCUUAUGGAUCGCAGCUCCAAGAGGAGGCAGGUGAAGCCUUUGGCCGCUUCUCUCCUGGAAGCUCUUGAUUAUGAUAGUUCAGAUGACAGUGAUUUUAAAGUUGGAGAUGCUUCAGAUUCUGAAGGGAGUGGUAAUGGAAGUGAAGACCCUUCAAAGGACAGUGGAGAAGGUUCCUGUAGUGAUUCUGAGGAAAACAUUUUAGAAGAAGAACUGAAUGAAGAUAUUAAAGUAAAAGAAGAACAGCUUAGAAAUUCUACAGAGGAAAUAAUGUCAUCAGACAAACAGUUAAUUAAAAUGGAAAAGAAGGAAGAAGAAGAAAACGGAGAAAGACCUAGAAAGAGAAAGGAGAAAGAGAAGGAGAAAGAAAAGGAAAGAGAGAAGGACAAAGAAAAAGCAACAGUAUCUGAUAGUGCUGCUGCUUCUGCUGCUGGCACCACACCAGCCACAAGCCCUCCUGCUGUUACCUCUCCUGCUGUCCCCACCACCACCACUUCAUCGGAGGAACAAGUCAGUGAGCCCAAGAAAUGGAAUCUUCGUCGAAACCGGCCCCUCUUGGACUUUGUAUCCAUGGAAGAGCUGAAUGAUAUGGAUGAUUAUGACAGUGAGGAUGACAAUGACUGGAGACCUACUGUAGUAAAGAGAAAGGGGAGAUCGGCAUCUCAGAAGGAGGGCAGUGAUGGAGACAAUGAGGAUGAUGACGAUGAGGGAAGUGGGAGUGAGGAAGAUGAGAAUGAUGAGGGCAAUGAUGAAGACCAUAGCAGCCCUGCUAGUGAAGCAGGUGGCAAGAAGAAGAAGAGUAAAGUUCUUAGCAGAAACAGUGCUGAUGAUGAGGAACUGACCAAUGAUAGCCUGACCCUAUCUCAAAGCAAGAGUAAUGAGGACUCGCUGAUUCUUGAGAAGAGUCAAAACUGGAGUUCCCAAAAAAUGGACCACAUUCUGAUUUGCUGUGUCUGUCUGGGGGACAACAGUGAAGAUGCGGAUGAGAUCAUUCAGUGCGACAACUGUGGCAUUACGGUUCACGAAGGUUGUUAUGGAGUAGAUGGGGAAAGUGACUCUAUUAUGAGUUCGGCUUCUGAAAACUCCACUGAGCCUUGGUUUUGUGAUGCCUGUAAAUGUGGGGUGUCUCCGAGCUGUGAACUGUGUCCUAAUCAGGACGGGAUUUUCAAGGAGACCGAUGCUGGAAGAUGGGUUCACAUUGUUUGUGCCCUAUAUGUUCCUGGAGUAGCCUUUGGAGAUAUUGAUAAAUUACGACCAGUAACAUUAACAGAAAUGAACUAUUCUAAAUAUGGUGCCAAGGAGUGUAGCUUUUGUGAAGACCCUCGCUUUGCUAGAACUGGAGUUUGCAUUAGCUGUGAUGCGGGCAUGUGUAGAGCCUAUUUUCAUGUUACCUGUGCCCAGAAGGAAGGCCUGCUUUCAGAGGCAGCAGCAGAAGAGGAUAUAGCAGAUCCAUUCUUUGCUUAUUGUAAGCAGCAUGCAGACAGGUUAGACAGAAAAUGGAAAAGAAAAAACUACUUGGCUCUACAGUCCUAUUGUAAAAUGUCGCUGCAAGAGAGAGAAAAACAGCUGUCUCCUGAAGCACAGGCAAGGAUCAAUGCCCGACUACAGCAGUAUCGUGCCAAGGCAGAGCUGGCUCGAUCUACCAGACCACAAGCCUGGGUUCCAAGGGAAAAGCUACCCAGGCCACUCACAAGUAGUGCUUCGGCCAUUCGUAAGCUUAUGCGCAAAGCAGAACUGAUGGGAAUCAGUACGGAUAUCUUUCCAGUGGACAACUCAGAUACUAGUUCUAGUGUGGAUGGAAGGCGGAAACAUAAGCAGCCAGCUCUUACUGCUGAUUUUGUGAAUUACUAUUUUGAGAGAAAUAUGCGCAUGAUUCAAAUUCAGGAAAAUAUGGCUGAACAAAAGAAUAUAAAGGAUAAAUUAGAGAAUGAGCAAGAAAAGCUUCAUGUAGAAUAUAAUAAGCUCUGUGAAUCGUUAGAGGAACUGCAAAACCUUAAUGGGAAACUUCGAAGUGAAGGACAAGGAAUAUGGGCCUUACUUGGCCGAAUUACAGGGCAGAAGCUGAAUGUACCGGCAAUCUUACGAGCACCUAAGGAAAGAAAACCAAGUAAAAAAGAAGGAGGCACACAAAAGACAUCCACUCUUCCUACAGUGCUUUAUAGUUGUGGAAUUUGUAAGAAGAACCAUGAUCAGCAUCUUCUUUUACUGUGUGACACCUGUAAACUGCAUUAUCAUCUUGGCUGCCUCGAUCCUCCUCUUACAAGGAUGCCGAGAAAGACGAAAAACAGUUAUUGGCAGUGCUCAGAGUGUGACCAGGCAGGGAGCAGUGACAUGGAGGCCGAGAUGGCCAUGGAGACCUUGCCAGAUGGAACCAAACGGUCAAGGAGACAGAUUAAGGAGCCAGUGAAGUUUGUUCCACAGGAUGUACCACCAGAACCCAAGAAGAUUCCAAUAAGAAACACGAGAACCAGAGGACGAAAGAGAAGCUUUGUUCCUGAGGAAGAAAAACAUGAGGAAAGAGUUCCUAGGGAAAGAAGGCAGAGGCAGUCUGUGCUGCAGAAGAAGCCCAAGGCUGAAGACUUAAGAACUGAAUGUUCAACUUGCAAAGGAACUGGAGAGAAUGAGAAUCUCGUCAGAUGUGAUGAAUGCAGACUGUGCUACCAUUUUGGCUGUUUAGAUCCUCCUUUGAAAAAAUCUCCUAAACAAACAGGCUAUGGAUGGAUAUGUCAGGAAUGUGAUUCUUCAUCUUCUAAGGAAGAUGAAAAUGAAGCUGGAAAGAAAAAUGCAUCUCAGGAGCUCAGCAUGGAGCAGAAAAACCCAAAGAAAUAAUGAAGGAUGGUCUAGUGUUUUCUGAAGAGUUUACAACUUACGCUGAGGCUGAUAACAUUUCUAAUUUGUAAGAUGUUAAUUGUAAAAUCUAAUUUACAAAACUCUUCUCAAUAAAGUCCUUGAAAUAGGAGCUUGGA